AUGGAGAUGAAGCCUGCCUUCCUUACCUUGGUUAGCUCACAACAAUUUGUUGGCCUUGAUCAUGAAGACCUAUACUCACACCUAUCAAAUUUCUAUGAGUUAUGUGGAACUAUGGGAAUUCCUAAGGCUGAUGAGGAAGCUGUAUAUUUGAGGUUGUUUCCAUUCUCUUUGACAGGAAAAGCUAAAGUUUGGUUACAAUCUCACCCAAAUCAAAGUUUGACAAGCUGGGGUGAUGUGGAAAACAAGUUUGUGAACAGAUUUUAUCCUUCAUCCAAGUAUAUUAAGGCUAAGUCAGAAAUUACUACUUUCAGGCAAGGUGUAGAUGAACCAUUUUGUGAAGCCUGGGAGAGAUUUAAGUCAUUGCUCAGAAAAUGUCCUAACCAUGGGUUUGAAGAUAUAGCUCAACUUAAUUUCUUUGUCAAUGGAAUCAAGCCUGAGGUGAAGAUGUUAUUGGAUGCAGCAGCUGGUGGCACCAUGAUGACUGUGAGUCCAGAAAAGGCUACUCAAAUUAUAGAGUCUCUAGCAUCUUCUGAUCACCAAGCAGAGCAUGGAAGACAUCAAUCCCAUAAAAGAGGAGUUCUUGAUCUUAACACUAAUGAUGCAAUCCUUGCUCAGAAUAAACUGCUGUCUCAACAAAUUGAAGCAUUGACUAAACAGAUGGGCAAGAUUCCACAACAGCUUCAUGCUAUUGCUUCUUCUUCAACUCAACAAAAUCCUUCCUUAAAAUGUGAUUUUUGUGGAGGAGAUCAUCCCAAUGGUCACUGUUCAGAAAUUCCAAAUGAAGAAGAGGUCAACUAUGUGGGGAACCAACAACAAGGAGGUAAUUUUAAUUCUCGUAAUUAUAACACUAACAAUUAUAUGCAGGGAAAUCAAGGUUGGAGAAACAACAACAACAACCAAGGAUAUGGAUGGAGGAAUGAAUCUGGAACAUCCAAUAGGCCACCACCACAACAAUAA